GGGAGACUACGUUUGAUUAAAGAGCGUCUUUGCAGCCAGUGGCCCAGAUGUGCACAUCCAUGACCCAUAUCCAUCACGUCAUGCAGACAGCCAUCCAUCCACCCAAUCUCCGCAGAGAUGGGGAGAGAGUAAGACGCAGACAGGCAGGCAGGCAGCGAGACGACAAAAUUGAAUGAGACAGCCAGGGUGUCCUUACGGUACAUGCAGAGUUGGAUGGACGGGUAGGGCAGAUGCGUUGCGUGUGCACAGCAAGGGCAAGUGACCAUGACAGAUCUGUGGCAAACUCCCGAGUGAAACAUAACAGCGAAAAGUGGAUACCAGACAGACAGGCAGGCAGAGAGCGCAUAGAGAGGUACCGAGUGCCCAUGGCCAGGCCCGUGUGUUGCUUAUCUACAUGGCCUAUCUGUUAUCUGCCCACCCGGCCAAACCUUGCACUGCACGAGCCACGAAAGCAAUCCGCGAAGAGGCCAUACACGGAGGCGGGCGGGCGUGAGCGAGCAAACUGACCAGGCAGGCAACCCUCCCUCCCAACCAAAACAACCCACACGAAAAACCCCUACGGAUGACCGGUCGGGCCACUACUUCUGUCAUCCUCCGCCUGACCGCCGCCCGUCAGUCAGGCCGUCAGUCGGUCUUCUUAACGUCCGAGAGUCUGGGGAUCUUGUUGUAGGCGUCCUUGACCUGCGUGAUGGCCGUGUCGUAGUGCGGCUUCACCUCUGGCCACACCUUCGUCUGAUCCAUCACACACACAAACACACACAAACACACACACAUGGGGUAAAACGCACCCAGACUGGAUGCGCCUCGUUCGGCUGACUGGUUUGGUUUCUGACCUGGACGAAGUCGAGCAGGAAGCCGCCAAGGAAGAGCAGCCAGAUGCCUGACCCACACAUACACAGCACGAUGGAUCAGCCGCCGGGCGUGUGGGCCGACCACCACCACACCACUGACCGAUGAAGAUGAGGAAUGAGGUGUUGAAGAAGCGGCCAAUGUACUGAGCGACGAAGGCACCGACAAGCACCUUCAGCGAUAGCAUCCAGUUCUUCCAAAGCAACACCUCGCGAGCCGUCCCAGCUGGACACCCACCCCACACACAAGACAGACAGACAGGGAGCCAAGUACACACAAGUCGCCCACAUGAAAGCAUCAUCUGCCAUGGCCCAUGAUCUGACCGUUUGCUCACCGGCAUCGUUGGUGACGUCAUAGAGGUAGUCGAGGUUGUCUUUGAUGGUGUUUUUGUCCACAUACUCGUACUUGGGCUCCUCGGCGCCCUGCACGUCCAGGCCGAGGACGAAGCCGAUCAUGAUGAAGGUCAUGGUCAGCCACGCCGCUAUCGUCAGGAGCGAGCAGCCUCCAAAGGUCAGCAGCACCAGCAGCAGGUUGAGGGCGAACAGCGCACAGCUGCUCGUCACCUUGUUCUUCCACGUCACCAAUCCCUUCAAAUCCAUACCGUCAAAGCUGAUCGAGGCUACCGCAGGCAAUCAAGAAAGGGCUUUCUUU